GACGGGCCAGGCUCCAUGCGGACGGCCCGCACGCCGGCGUCGGCGGCGCGCGGAGGCCGGGCGCUGUACGAGCUGUAUAGGACGGCGAGCCGCGCGGCGGCGCCGGCGGCGCUUCUGUGGCGGCGGCUACGAGGACUGGAGCACCCAUCGCGUUGGCCAGAGCGGCUGGGCCGGCCGUCGGCGGCGCGGCCCCGUCCGGGCUCGCCGCUCGUGUGGUUCCACGCCGUAUCCCUCGGCGAGGGGAUGGCCGCGCUUCCCGUCGUACGCCACUGCGCCCGCCUCCACCCUGGUCUCCCCAUCCUCCUCACCACUACUACUCUCUCAUCCUACGAAGUGAUGAAAGACUUGCUACCGGAUGGUGUCAUAUAUCAGUUUGCACCCCUUGACUGUCCUGAUGCAAUUGAAAGUUUCAUGGGAUACUGGAAACCAAAUUUGAUACUACUUAUGGAAAGUGAACUCUGGCCAAACCUCAUUCUGUCUGCAGCAGAGAAAGGGAUUGCAGUGGCUCUUUUAAAUGCGCGCAUAUCAAUGAAGUCUUUCAAUCGUUGGUCCUUGUUUCCAGGGUUGCAGUUAGUCUCUUUGAUGCUCUCCAAACUAUCACUUGUUAUCCCAUUGAGUACUAUUCAAGCUGUUCGUUUUCAAUUACUUCAUACACCACCACAAGUCAUCCAUUUUGCUGGGGACUUAAAAUAUGCUGUUGGUGACAUUGAUGCUGGUGAGAAAGAGAUCACUGAAAUAGAAGACCUUCAGCAACAGUUCUGCAAUAGGCCCAUCUGGAUGGCAGCUUCUAUCCACAAAGGUGAAGAUGAAAUCAUUCUCCGUGUUCAUGAUGAGUUAAUCAAGACAUAUCCUACUCUACUAUUAAUUCUUGUCCCAAGGCAUCCUCAGGACAGCAAGAAUGUUUCUAUAACUCUGCAGAAACAAAAGGUGAAUUUUGCGCUGAGGUCAACAAGAGAAGUGCUGUCUCCAAACACCAGUGUAUAUGUCGUUGAUACAUUAGGUGAGUUACGAAUGCUCUACAGAGUUACUCCAAUAGCAGUUAUUGGGGGUUCCUUUUUGCCUGGUUUAGCUGGUCAUAAUAUUUCGGAGGCGUCUGCAGUUGGUUGCGCUGUUCUGACUGGUCCCCAUGUCGGGCACUUCUAUCAUAUGCUGGUUGAAAUGUGGCAAAUAAAUCCUUUAGCUGUCAAGCAGGUCACAGGAGAAUUUGAACUUUUGGAAGCGCUAAAACAACUCCUUGGUGAUUCUAAAGCUCUUGAAGCAUGUCAAAGAGCUGCAAAAGAUGCAUUUUCAAUUAUGUCAGAUGGAGUUGUGACUCGUGUAUGGAAUUUAGUCCGCACAUUCACUACUGGCUCUCAAAUGGACACAUGGGACACCUGCUUCAGUAGGACAGGUUGACAAUGUAUGAACCCUCUGUUUAGCAAGACAAGGCCUGAAGUUCCUUUUACAAUCAGAUGCACAGAAAAAUCUUGUAUUUCCAUCCGCCCCCCCCCCCCCCC